AUGUCCAAGAGCCGUACACCCAUGUACCUUGGCCUGGCCGCCGCCGGCGGUCUAGGUUACUACAUGUAUCGGGCCGGCGGGAAUCCCCAGAUCGCGAAGAAGGAGAUGGAGAUCGACGCCCACAAAGCCAAAGCAAAGAUCCCCCGCGGCUCAGAAGCGGCCAGAGCCGGUGAGGAAUUCGGCAAGGAGGUGAAUGCCACUGGUGACGAGGCGAUCAACAACGCCCGCACCAAGGCCAAGAUGGACGAGCGCAUCCCCGAGAUCGCUCAGAAUGGCAAGCACAAGCUUGACUCGCUGCGUUACCAGGCGGCGGAUAAAGUCCGUGCUGGGGUUGACGAGGUGGACAAGAAGGUUGAUCAGUUUGAUCGCACGGUUGAGAAGAAGGCGGGUGAGGCGAAGGGGACUCUGUCGAGUUGGUUUGGAGGGAAUGAUGCAUUCGAGUGGGAUUUCGAAAUCGGAUUGGUUCACACCUGGGAUGACGUUACGAUUUGGGAGAUGGGAAUGGUGUACUCUCCUCCGUACUUUGAUGGAUAA